GCAGAGCAACGAGUAACCGCUAGGUCCUGGGAGCUGUUGGAUGCCACUGUGAAUAUGGAGGUAGGAGUGGUGGGCACAAGCAGCAACCUUUCAGCAGAGGGAGAUAACCUGAUUCCAGAUUCGGAUCUGUACGAUGUGGACAGCUAUGACACCCCAGACCCAGGGUUACUAUUGGAAAACGAUGAGUUGUACUUUCGGGAGACACCACAAGUCCAGCAGCUCUUUACCAGUAGCCAGCGAUGGCAAGACAUGACUUUACACACCCGCGCCCGCCAGCUGUGGCUGCUUCUGCGUGCAGGCCUCCACAACCUCGUGGAAAAGGUGAAGACAGCCGAAAUGCGUGCAGCUCGUCUGACACAUGGGCUGGAGCCACUGCGCCGCCUGGAGGUGGCAGCCGGGCUGCAUUCAGUGGCACAAGACCCAGAGGGCGGGCGCUUUGUGGUGCUGGACGGCGCAGGGUACCUGCACCUACAUAGAAAAGACGGCUGGGCACAACAGAAGCUGCAGGCCCCCAUAGCACUUACAGGAUUGGUGGUUGUGCCAGGACCUCUGGGAGCUGUGGGCCGAUUUGUAGGCUGGGGUCCUGCUGGGUUAGCCAUACUGGGGACAAGCCUUGGCCUGCUGUGGCGGAGCCAGCUAGGGAUGGGCAGGGCACAGUACCGAGAACCCACUUGCUGCCUGCCAGUGCCCAAACUGGGUCUGUUGCUCGUAGCUGAGGUUGGUGGCAGCCUGGCACUCUGGAAGUUCCGUUCAGGUGGCCGUUGCCUGGUACAGUGCGGGUCAAUUAUUCAGCCUCCACCAGGCAUGGAAGGCACCCUCAAAAGGCUGGCUCUGGGGCCAGUAUCUGCCCACCGUGGCCCACAUUGCCUUGCAGCCUACGGCUCAUCGGUGCUCACUUUGGACCUGCGCACCUGGGCUCUCAUUCACGUGUGCCAGGAUCUACAUAAGACUACCAUCUCAGACCUGGCAUACUGCAAGGAGGCAGAGGCAGUGGUGACAGCUUCUCGAGACAGUACAGUGAAGGUGUGGGAGAUGGACUGGCAGAUCCGAAUGGUGUUCGUGGGCCACACAGGCCCGGUGACAGCUAUGACUGUGCUCCCGAAAACCACUUUGGUGGUGUCGGCCUCGCAGGACGGGACGCUGCGCACAUGGGAUCUACAGGCGGAGGCGCAGGUGGGCGAGGCAGCACUGGCUUACAGAAGCCAGGACAAGCUGUCCUGGCGUGUCGACCAACUGUUAGCGCCUGCAGGCACCGGCUGGCCUGUGCUAUCUCUGUGUGCCAGGAGUCUGGAGCUGUGGAGAGUGCGCGAACUCUACUCGACGCUGGCUCAGCUGCCCGCCCGGGUGCUGCACCUAGAGGUGGCGCCCAUGCUGCCCGUGCCUGUAGACCCCGUGCUACCCACACGCCUCAUUUGCGCGUGCGCAGAUGGUUCAGUCCUCCUGGUGUCUGCUGCAUCCGGUCGUGUGGUGAACACCCUGCUCCUUGACCUAGAGGACUGUGCAGCUGCUGUGGCCUACUGCCUGCCACGCGAGGCACUAUGGCUGCUGACACAGGCUGGCCAUCUGGUGCGAGUGAAUGCAGCACGCUGCCCCAUGAGUGUGCUGCACCGUAUAAGCCCACCUUUGCCUCCUGCAUCAAAGUUCUGCUGCCUGCACCUCUACAGCCACCUCACUGACCCCAGCACUGCGCUUGCCUGCUGGGAGAUUGUGUGCCAACAUGGGGGUGACCCACGUCGCUGUGCCAUGGCCUGGGCCUGGAAGAACAAGAACCGUUAUCUGCCUGUGAUGGGUCACACAGAUGGCAUGCUGUCAGUGUUGGACUGGCUCUCUUCAAAGACUGUCUUCCAUAUAAAAGCACACAGUCCAGGCCCAGUCACUGCCAUUGCAUCCACCUGUAACAGUAUCGUAUCAUCGGGUGGAGACAGGACUGUGAAGGUGUGGCGCGUCUUUCCCUAUGCUGAAGAGAGCCUGAGUCUCCUGCACACCUUCUCCUGCUGUCAGCCAGUCGUGAGGCUCUGUGCACUGGGCAAUCGAAUCACUGUAGGCUUUGAGGAUCCAGACAGCGCAACCUAUGGCCUGGUACAGUUUGGCCUGUCUGAGGGCCAGCGCUCUGACCAUCGGCCCCAAGAUGACCCUAUGGACCACAUCACUGGGCUGUGUUGCUGUCCAACGCUCAAGCUCUAUGCCUGCUCCAGCCUGGACUGCACUGUCCGCAUCUGGACUGCAGAGAACCGCCUGUUGCGGCUUCUGCAGCUGGAUGGUGCCCCUCAGGCCCUGGUUUUCUGCAGCAACAGUGCAGACAUGGUACUGGCACUGGGCUCUCGCCUCUGCCUAGUGUCCCAUAGGACCUACCUUCCCACAUUCUACCUGGUCCAGAAGCUGCAUCAGAAGGUACCUGACGUGGUGGAUGAUCCUCCGCUGCCACUGACCAACUGGGAGUCACUGACCCCCAUGCAGCUGCAGAGACUCACCAAGUUGCAAGGAAUGGACAACCUCAGUGUGGAUUUGCCCUUCAUCCAUCGCCAGAUGGCAACACUUCAGCAUCCAGUGGUGAAGGAGGACUUGGAGGCCCUACAGACCAGAGAUCGAGACCUUCAGCAGCUGAAGCUAGGUCUAGUAGUCCCAGUGGCUCAGCCCCCACCCUCCUGGAAACAGCAUCAGGAAGCUUUUGAAAAUUAUCUAUAUCUGAUCUAUGGUCCUAGCCUUCUGGGUAUUCAGUCUCGAAUGGAUUCACAGCAGUGGAGCACCUUGGCCAUCACCACAAAAAAAGAGUCCCAGGAUGAGAAUGCCUUACCCAGCACUGCUCCCUUCAGUCAGGCUAUAAUCAACACUAAAUCCCAGACAACACCCACAGCCCUAAGGGCCCCAUACCAGCGUUUUGCCCGCCCUCCCCGAGUCAGCUUACCUAUUCCACCCAUCCACCGGAGGGUACACAGUAGAGCGUCCCAGCUUCUAGCCCGCUCUUCCCUGAGCCAUGACCUGGGCCUCAGUCUGGAUCUACUGCUUCACUCAGAGCAAAUACAAGGGACAAAGACGAGCAUGGCCCUGGAAUCACUGACCUCCCUCUUGCAGCACAGGGUCCCACUAUUGCUGAAGAAAAAGCCCAAGGAGCCUCUCUCAAAUCUCAAGGGCUUCUUUCCUGCCACCAUACAUCCCCACAAGUACUACAAACGGCCCAUCAGCUUCCCAGGCUUUGUGCCCAACUCUGUCGUGCUGCAGCAGAUGUGGCUGCCCAUGGAGGUCAGCUGCCUUGGAUCUCUGGUCCUGCUUGCCUCCCGGAGCAGGCUUAAGCCAGGUCGAAACAUGGAUGACACAUGGCUGUCAGAACACAGGUGGUCUACAGGCAAGUGGCAGAAGAGAUUCCUCCAGUGGCUUCACAGAGAUUCCAGUGAGGAAGAAGAGGAAGAAGAAGAGGAAGAGGAGGAAGAGUUUCUAGAGGUGGACUGGGAUUCCCUAAGCCCAGAUAAGUCUCACUCUGAGCAGCAGCUAGAUUCUUGGGAGCCAGAGGCUCAGAAUUCUACAAACUUGACCACAGAGCCCUGGAGCUCCUAUGAGGCACCAGGGACUAGCAUCUAUAGUGAUUCAUACUCCCUUUGGGAAGAACGCUAUGGGCAUCUACCUAAGUUCCUGCAUUAUUUUGUUGUCCAGAACUGGUUCAAAAAGCUGUUCCCCAUCUUCAGCCUGGAGACCUACCCGGAGAUGGGCACUGUGGAGGGUCUGGCCUCACUGUUCAUAGACCAGCUAGCAGAAGACACCUGGGCAGCCCGUGUGUAUAUCCUCCAAGCACUGCUGAGGCUGAUUCCCAGUGUGAGCCGAGAGCUCCAGAAACGGCUGCAUGGCAGUCUCUUGCAGUUGCUUAACCAGGAGAAGCCUCCCAGCCUUGAGGACCCUAUACAGAAGCAGUUUGUGAUAUUGGCACUGCAGCUGCUCCUGGCCUGUUCACUGGAUUCCCGUGACGUGGUGGUAGAGCUCAUGUCCUACUACCUGUAUUCCCCACCCACCUACCGGCCAGAGCUCAAGAAACUCCUGCACAGUCUGGGCCUCCAGGAUCCACAGGGCUUCCUGUUCAAGGAAAUGCUGACCUGGGUCUCAGGCUCAUACUCUGAAUCCAAGGCCAUGCUGCGUGCACGCUGCUGCCAGAAACUGGAGGACAUGCUCCAGCAACUGAAGAUGGAAACCACACAGAUGACUACAGCCAAGACAUCUGCAGUACUGCCCAAGGUCUCUGAGACCUCAGUCCCUACAUCUACUCCCAAGGAGACCCUUUCACAGGCUUCCAUGGUCUGGGGGACAUCCAUGAGCAUCCUGGAACUGCAGCAGGAGACAACUAGCUCAGAGCUCCAGGACAAGCCCAGGCCCAUGCAGAUACGCACCAAGCGGACCAGAUACUUUCUCUCUGAUAUGCUACAGAACUUCUGUGUGGUGCCCCAGGCCCGCGUAGACCACCUAAUGAAACCUGUGCAUCGUGAUGAGUUGCUGCCACUUGAAAAGACCGACUGGUCACGCUCAAAGGUACUGGACCUGUGCACCAUUGAUGCACUGAACUUAUUCUGUGAGAAGGAGUGUAUCAGGCACAGCUUGCUGCAGGAGGUAGAAGAUACACCCUCGGCCCUGCGCCUGCUAGAACCCAACACUGUUGUACUGCCGCCUCGGGAUCGUGGGUUCCAUCCCAUCCUCCGGCUGCAGGAGGCAAUGGCCCAGAGCUCUGAGAUGAGACUGAGGGGCCACUUACUGUCCCAAAACUGCGCCCGCACGCUGGAUGGUACCAUCCGUUUACUGAAGCUGCCACUGCCUCGGGUGGAGCCAAGGCCCUUCCCCCCUGGCUGGCCUAAGCCCACUCGUGCUCAGCCCCCGAGGCUCCUGCAGCCAUCCCUGCAGCGCUAUUUUCUUCUGGAAGACACAGACCCCAACAACUACAGCUAGUGGCUUUGGCCUGGCGCCCCUCCCACCGACUUGAGAGUCAUAACCUGCCCCCCAGCCUGUGCUAUAGCCCAGAAUAAAGUCCAG